AUGACCUGCCACCGGCGACGUACUGGUACCCGGGAAGCGACAACUUUUCUGCGGUCCACGGCAUCUUUUGACGGCUGGGUCAGCUACAUCCAGACAACGGUGGAGCCCAACCAUGUGAUCCCGUGGGGCGAGUUGGCCGUCGUGCAUGCUGCCGUCAAGCGCAACGCGAAGCUCCAGAACCACAAGCACCGCCUCGUGCUGGUCAUGCCUGCCAACGUGACGUGGGUCGGCCUGGAAUUCGCACCAGAUAUUGACGACGUUGCCGUGUGCACGGGCGUCGUUGCGCUAUCGCGAGCCAUCGACCAUAGCAAGCCGGAAGCAACCGAGUACAUGUAG